CGCCAGGAUAGUCCGGCUGCUCGGGGCAACGAAAAAGUGCUGAUUUACAUUACAAGUUAUGCUGACAAUACCAGUAGCGAUUGCCAGAAGAGCCAAAAGACACCUGGAGGCUGAAGUCUUCUCGGCACAUGUGCUCUCACGAGUGCUCGCAAGAGCCCCGUAGGCUUUUCAGCUUUCAUUGUGAAGGAGCAAGGAAGCACGACCAGAGCUACCAUAGACGCAGGGAGAAAUCAAGAAGCAGAGCCACCUGAGUUUAAGAGUUUAGUUUCCAACACUGUUGCUUUCAGGCACAGGAAAUGGCUCAGGCUAUCUGCGCUUCGUCCACCGUUGCAAAGACAUUUGCAGGCGCGGCCAGCCUGCAGUCUUCUCGCAGCAAUGCGGGAACCUCCCUCGCCCUCCCCUCCAAGGUCGUCAGCAAGAGCAGGGUGAUCUGCUCCGCUGAGAGCAAGCCUGUGCAGGCCUCCAGGAGAGCAGCACUCGCCGGUCUCUUGGCUGGCGUGGCCGCUGUGACCCUGCACGAGGAGCCUGCGCUUGCAGCAUACGGACAGUCUGCCAACAUCUUUGCAGAGGCAAAGAAGGACACAGACUACAUCCCUUACAAGGGUGACGGGUUCACUGUGGCCGUACCCUCAAAAUGGAACCCCUCCAAGGAGACCGAGUUCCCCAACACAGUCCUGAGGUAUGAAGACAACUUCGAUGCCCUCUCUCACAUGGUGGUCAUCAAGGCGCCUGCUGGCGGCAAGUCCAGCAUCGAUGCCUUCGGAUCCAAGGAGGCCUUCCUGGAGAGCAUCUCAUACCUGCUGGGCAAGCAAGCGUAUGCAGGAAAGACGCAGUCGGAGGGAGGGUUUGACGCUAACAAGGUGUCGUCCGCCAACAUUCUGGACGCAGGCGAAGUCACCAGCAACGGCAAGAAGUACUACAAGUACGAGGUGUUGACAAGAUCAGCUGACGGCAACGAGGGAGGCCGGCACCAGCUUGUAGUGGCGACCGUUAGCAACGGGACUUUGUAUCUGAUGAAGGCUCAGGCUGGAGACAAGCGCUGGUUCAAGGGGACGGAGAAGCUCGUCAGGAAUGCCAUCGAUUCAUUCCAAGUUGCAUAGGUUGUCAUGUUGAAGGGAGGGUCUCGAGCGUGGGAGCAUUCUCAGUGGGCCAUGCAAAUAAGUGUAAGAUGCGAGUUUUCCGUCUCCUCCGGUCAAGGAGAGGGUCCGAGCUCACCGAGUGUCACACGAUUGGUACCAUAUAGAUGCUGUAGGCAUGCAGUCUACGUGCCCGCCAGCAGCGUGUGUUGUAGAUCUAGGACUGUGUUUGCACAACCGGAUAUAGGACGUCAACGGAAGCCACUCCGAACCCAGGGUAUGCCCAGUCUUGGUACCAUAGCAGCUGGAGGGUUUGUAUAAAUUGGAAUUUGAGUGAGUUGUGUUUGCUAGGGCACCAAUGGUUGUUGGGCAUCAUCCUGAACUCUUCGAUUGACAGCAGUGUUUCGUUGUGCAAUCACUUACUGAAUUGAUUUCGCCCUACUCAAACUUGUUUCGAUCUGCCAUCGUCACUACUUUCUUCAAGUCGAGGGAUGGCGUUUAUUGACUCCAACAUUCUCGCAA